AUGACCAGCUCUUCUGAAGAAACAAAGGCAGCGAGCGUAGUUGCCACGCCUUCCCCAGUAGGAGUACAAGAUGGUGCGCCUGUUACUGAUGCCAGAGAGGAACAAGAUGUUUCUGAAUCAUUUUCCCGAAGAGAAACUCGGAGAGGCUCGUACACCAACGGGAGAAGAGGCUAUGAUACCGUACCUAGUAAAUCUGUAUAUGCUGAAGAAAAGGAGUUGCCAGUGUGGCUUGCUCAGGAAAAGGAAGCGGAACAGAGGAAUAAGUAUGAUAAAUACGGGUCUAGACCUUCAGCUCCAGCAGCCUCCACACAACGUGGAGAAAGAACACUGGAACAUAACGAUAGAUAUGCACGGUAUCGUACUGGAGGUAGUGGGAGCAGUGGGACUGAAACUAGUGUGACUGGUAUUAAUAAUGAUAUUAGAGAUGCUCGAAGACUUAGAGAAGCAACAGCUAACGAUUACAGGUCAAACAAACGAUCCAAAUACGAGGGUGGUAGCAGAGGUUAUGAUAAUAAUAGCAGAGUAGGAUAUGGAAAUGAAGGGAAUGUAGCAUCGUAUUCCAAUCUUCCUAUUACUCUUGGAGCAUCAGAGUAUCAAACGUUUCAUAGUAAUAUCCGUGAUAGAGAUAACAAGGACAUUAAUGACAUUGUUCGAGAUCAUUAUAACCAAAGAACCAAAGUAUCGAAAUUUCAAGGGUCUAGAGUUCAAUCUCCCAUUUAUAAGAUGAGGAACUUCAACAAUGCCAUCAAGUAUAUGUUAUUAGGGAACUUUGCCAGGUCAUUGCCUGAUUCAGGUAAACCCAAGGUAAUGUUAGAUUUAUGUUGUGGGAAAGGUGGAGAUUUGAAUAAAUGUGAAUUCAUAGGAGUAGAUCAUUAUAUUGGAGUUGAUAUAAGUGAUGGUUCAGUUAAAGAAGCUUAUUCAAGAUACAGUAAGAACAAAGCCCAUUUCAAACUGGCUCAUAGAGUUCCUGAUUCUAGAAAGUAUACGUUUGAAGCAUGCUUUGCCACUGGAGAUUGCUUUUCGACUCCGAUUCCAGAUAUUUUAGAGCCUCAUUUCCCCGGUAUAAUUGAAAACUUAUUCCCUGUUGAUUGUGUUUCUGUUCAGUUUUCAUUACAUUAUUCAUUUGAAACAGAAGAAAAGGCCCGUACACUUAUUACUAAUGUUUCCAAGUCCUUAAGACCGGGUGGAGUGUUUGUGGGGACAAUACCAUCUUCAGAUUUCAUUAAAGAAAAGAUUAUUCGUAAGGACUUUUUGUCUCCGAAAAAAUUUGGUAAUGAUUUAUACCAAGUAACAUUCGAAAGAGAUCCUCCAGAAGACGGUGUGUUCAGACCACCAUUUGGGAACAAAUAUAAUUACUUUCUACAAGACGCAGUCGACAAUAUUCCAGAAUAUGUUGUUCCCUUUGAAACUCUUCGAUCCCUUUGUGAAGACGCUGGAUUGACACUUAAAUAUCGAAAGAGUUUUAUUGAAAUGUUCAAUCUGGAAAUUCCAAAGUACUUUUCUCAAUUGAACCGUCACUUGAUUGAUGGUAUGCGUCGGACAGAUGGGAAAUACGGUGUCGAGGGGCUGGAAAAGGAAGCAGUCAACUUUUAUUUGGCUUUUGCCUUUGAGAAAUUAGACUAG